UAUAUAUAUAUAUAUAUAGUGAAUAUAUAUAUACACACAUCACAAGCACACACACACACACACACACAGUUAUCUAUAUGUGUCGAGCUAAAGAGAGAUAUACGUUUUAACCUAACAUUCGGCUAGUUAGUAGUUGAGUACUCAAACGACACGGGUAGCACCUUUAGCACAGUGAUUAUCGAGUGUGAUGUGAACCGCGGUGUGUCUCCCCUAGUUAAAAAAAGCGUUGAAGCUCAGUGAAAUUAUAUAUAUACAUAUAUAAAAACGGGUAAAAACGACGACGGCGGCGGCGGCCGCGUCGCAUCGUUAUAAUAUAAAAAGUUCUUAAAUAAAGCCUGUUGUGUCGAUCCAUAACAAGCCCUAGCGGGUUUCACAGUGAAUCCUAGACGAGUAACAGGGAGAGUUGAGGGGGUUUAACAGUGCUUCGUUAAUAAUACGUAUUAUAUAAUAAUAAAUUGAAAAAUCGUGAGUGAUAUGUUUGAACGCGUUAACGGGAUGGAUCGUUCCUAUCCUGUCUUUUGGUGUCCGGUGCUGCUCCCGUUGCCGGCGCUGCUUCAGCUUCUGGUGUAACGUGUGAAUUCGCCCAUUCUUCGGAUACGUGUGUACGAUGUGGUGUUCUUCGGCUACGGGCGAGCUACACUCUGCCAGUGGUGUAUACUACUACGGCUACUCGGACGUGCCGCAGUUUUAUCGGGAAGCACUUCUUCUUCGCCCUCGUCACUUCCUACCCGUAAUCGUUACGCGACCCUCCUGCAACCCCUGUGCUCGGGGUCACCAUCUUCCGGCUAGUGACUAGUGCGUGAUUUAUUAUAUAUUGUUGGUUAUUAUUCUUAUUAUUAUUACUUGUCAACGGGUCAGUGAGUGGUACGGCUAUAUUAUAUACGCGAGUGGGCCUAAAAUCAUCGUCUCCUCUCUCUCUCUUAACCUUAUACGUGUCACUGGAUAACCCCGCGGUGGCUCUUUUUUUUCUUCCUCAUCCUGACUCUUCAUACAGUCUUGUAACACCUUACACGUACACGCAGGGGAACGCACACGAGCACACACACUAUCUCUGUUCUGUUCCCUACGUCGCUCUUCUCCUGUCCCUCUGUCAUAAAAGUGCGUGCGUGUCUUCUUGUUCGACUCUCUCUUGGUUUUGUCAACUGGUGAGCGAGAGAGAGAGAGAGAGUAUGUGUGUAAGAUAUAAAGCAAGGGAGAGAUAGAGUAUCUCUCGUAUAUCCAGGAGCGUGCGAUUUUUCCACGUCUUGGCUGGCCUUUUAUACCUGGAGAGCCUGGCCGUGGCUCUUUCGUACCUAUAAUAUAUCGGUGGUGGUGGUGUGCGAUUGGGCGAGUUGUGUGUCGUUGUACAGUGCCGCCAAACGAUACCACAACAUCCGAUCCCAAAUGAAGAGUUCGGAGCAAAAUGGUUAGAGAGACACGUCACCUGUGGGUUGGAAAUCUGCCGGAAAACAUCCGUGAGGAUCGCAUAAGAGAGCAUUUCAAAAGGUAUGGACGCGUGCAGAGCGUCAAGCUGCUGCCACGGGGCGAAGAGUGCCCCGUGGACGGGAGUUCCGGAAGUACCCUUGGCGAUGGUAACGAGGGCGGUUCCGGUUCCGGUUCUGGGGGUGGAAGUGGUUCUGGGAGUACGACGAGCACCGGGGGUGCAUCAGCGACGGUGGCGUUCAUGGACAUCAAGUCCGCUGCGAAAGCACAUGCCACGGAACAUACGUUGGACGAAAGAGCCCUCACAACACAGUACUACGAGCCACAGCAUCUUCAGCAUAGGUUUCCCUCACACGGAAGUUCGGAGGAUCAUGGAGCCAGCGGGGGCGGUGGCAGUACCGGAGGUAGUGUCGGCGGCGGGGGCAGUGCCGAGGGUUUCGAGCCACGUGGUUCCCACGGGAGCUUCUACGGGAGCGAGAGGAGUAACCGGGUCGGCGGCGUCGGAGUCGUGGGACAUCCAGCGGCGGAGUCGACGGGCGACCCAGGUGGUUACAUACCACGCGGUAGACCACCACCAGGAGGCGGUUACCACGUGACCUCGACGAGGGCGAGGGAUCGGCUAUAUCCGCGAACAGGACCGUACGCGAGCGGACCACCACCACCUCACCUAGAACGUCAUCGCGGUAGUCUACCACCCUCGUCCUGGCCCAGCUACGAGUCGAGCGGCUCGAGAUACGGCUCGGUACCACCGCCGCCAACCCCAGCUGCCACGGACGCCUAUCAGGAAGAGACCGGCGGGGGUACCGGUGGUCCCGGUACCGGCGGUACAGGCUCGCUACGUCAGCACAAGAAACAGCGAAGAAAAUCACGAAGUGGUAGCAGCUCGCCGAGUGGGUCCAGCAGGAGCGGCAGCAGCAGCAGCAGUCGUAGCGGGAGCUCGGCCGGUAGCACUUCCGGUGGUAGCAGCUCCCCAAGUAGCUCGCCUCAUCGGGCUGGCAAUGCCGCCGUUACCGAAGACCGCAGGCCACUCGCUAUAUGCGUGAGGAACUUGCCGGCAAGGAGUAGCGACACCUCGCUCAAGGAUGGCUUGUUUCACGAGUACAAAAAACACGGGAAGGUCACGUGGGUCAAGGUUGUCGGCGCUGCCGGGGACAGGUAUGCUCUGGUGUGCUUCAAAAAGCCUGAGGACGUUGAAAAGGCUCUUGAGGUAUCGCACGAUAAGCUCUUCUUUGGAUGCAAGAUCGAGGUCGCGCCUUAUCAGGGUUACGAUGUCGAGGAUAACGAGUUUCGACCUUACGAGGCUGAACUAGACGAGUAUCAUCCGAAAGCCACCAGGACACUUUUCAUCGGGAAUCUCGAGAAGGACGUCACUGCUUCUGAACUUAGGAAACACUUUGAACCCUUUGGAGAAAUUAUUGAAAUUGAUAUCAAGAAACAAGGAGCUGUCUCCAGUUAUGCCUUUUGUCAGUACUCCGACAUCAGCAGUGUGGUCAAGGCUAUGAGGUCCAUGGAUGGAGAACAUCUUGGUUCUAAUAGGAUCAAACUAGGUUUUGGAAAGUCCAUGCCAACUUCCUGUGUUUGGGUUGAUGGUAUCGGAGAGUGCGUUUCGGAAAAGUAUAUAAACAUCCAGUUCCACCAAUUCGGUCCCAUCACUCAGGUUGUGGUAGACCGUGAGCGGGGACAUGCUCUGGUUUUCUUCGAUCAGAUAAGUUGCGCGCAGGCUGCCGUCAAGGAAAUGCGUGGGGCUACUUUCAGAGGCCGUCGACUUCAGGUCGACUUUGCCUCUAGAGAAUGUCAGGAAACCUUCUACGAGCACUUGGAACGUCAAGGCAUAGCUGGGGAAAAACCUUGGGACACCAGGCCAUCACCGGCAGCUACUUUUGAUGUCACGCGGGAUAGGAAUUUCGAACCGGUGGUCCCAGUGCCCAAUGCCGGAAGUAGGUUCACCAGGUAUGAAACACCUCCAAGAGCGCGGACGGCUAGUUACAGUCGGACACCGGGAGGCGGUAGCACGCCUGGGGCGAGUCCGGCUCACCCAACGGCGAUGUCUCGAGGUAGCCGACGCUACCAAACAGACCCCUACUACGAGAGUGACUACACCGAGCCAGUGCCACGUCGAUUCCGCAGCUACGACGAGUUCAGUCAGGGUAGCGGAGCGAGUCACGACGAUUACGACACCGGCGUCAUCGGGGACGUCAAACUCGCUGAGGACGACUGUCCACCACCUCCACGUCGGCAUGCCAUACAGAGCGUGGUGACCAGUGUAGAGCCACCAGCACCACCUCCACCUCUUCUACCACCUCCGGACAUCCGGCAUCUCCAAAAGGAGCGUGUCCAUCUUCUCGAACAACUUGAGGAGUGCCAUAGCAGCGGAGACGAGGGUUUUACCCCGAAGAAGAGGCCGAAGCUCGAUGCUGCUACUAUCCUCUGCGAGGAUGACGAGCCAGAAAUUGCGUCUCUCUUGGUAACAUCACACUCUGGGAGAAAGGGUAUGGACGUUCGGAGAGUCAGUGAUAGCAAACUCCUAGUCCAUUACGGUACCAAGAGGGGCAGCUGUGACAGCAGGGCGCCUGGUCCAUGUAAAAGGCGUCGGGACGCCAAUAGACAUCACGAGCAUCAUGAUGGCUCAAGACCCGGAACACCAUUGGUUGAUGAGCGACCAGAGAACCUUAUUCCAAGCGAGCCAAGGAGGUUUCGUGAACGUAGCCACGAGGGUCCACUUUCACUUCCGCUGCCCAGGUUUGCUGCUCAAAUGAUGAACAACAACAAUAACAACAACAACAACAAUAAUAACAAUGGAGGAAGAGCGACGAGUGCCUCGCUAGCGAAGGUAGCGAGUCCUCCCUGUACUACGAGUCUACCACCGGUCCCCAGCCCCAGGACAGCACCCCAACCACCAGCAUCGCCACCCCCGAGGCAUCCGAGUCCAAGUCCAACGAGUUCCGACAGCGAAACGGCACCACAGUCUCCAAGCCUCGAAGAGAGAAUACGGUCCCUCGAUGAGAAGUACGAGAAGUGGUCAGGAUCCCGUGCUCUGAGCGCAGCCGGCGGUGACGCUCUCGCCAAGCUGGAUGCCUCAGCCUCCGAGAGAUUCAGGUUUCGACACAAGCUUCUCGACCUGGACCUCCACGAGGUACAACCCUCUGACAUCGUGAAGUCAGUCCUGGCAAAGAGGAGUGUCUUCGAUGAGGACUCGAAACGCCUGGAAAACUUUAGCGAAAAGUACGAACCCCGCGAGUUCACUGGUGUCAUCGGUGUCGGUUCUAUGAUCGGCAGUGGGAGUCUCGUUGGCUGUACCGGAAAGGUCGGGCUUCAGUAUCCGUUUCCUAGUCAUCCACCGGUACAGGCCAACACGACAGUGGGUAGUAGCCUACUGACACCAGGAGGUACCACGACGACGACGACCUCCCCAUCCCUUUUGAACGUGUCGCCCGCAUUGAAGGGUGACUCUAGGACAGUUCACAAUUGCGUGCAUCCAAUCCCAGCAACACCCGUCACACCCGGUACCUCGAUAAAGACAGUGAGCCCCGAGUUACCCCCUGUGUCGUUGCCAAUUGGUGGCGCUAAUGCUAGUGCCGCGAGCAGUGACAGUGCCCUGAGUGCUUGUAGUGCAAGUGGCGGUAGUGUUCCCAGUGUCCAUAGAAAUGCGAGUAAUCCAGCCAGCAUUGGAAAUGCUGCAAUGGGUCCAUCCAUAACGCGGCUACCAAUCAAUCCGGCUUCGAUUCAUUCAUCUUCGAUAAGUACGACGACCUCGAUGACGAUGACGACGACGGCAGCGGCAACGACGUCUUCCACGACGAGUUCGACGUCUUCGAGUACGAGUGUCAAUGCUACGACGACGACUGCGGCGGCCGGAGUUGUAGCAUUGACGAACAACAAUUCUAAUUCUAUAACUGUGACGAGUAGCGCAAGUGGCGCCGCUCUAUUGGCGACGAGUGUUUCUAGUACUACGACGGCGACGACGACGCUAACGACUACACCUGGUAUAACGACUACGGCGACGAGUUCCUUUACUGGUACGAUCUCUAAUACUUUGACGACGUCAUCGGUAUCGAUCUGCGUCGUUAGUACCACCGGAGUUUUGUCCUCCUCAUCGUCGUCUUCGUGCUCAUCCUCCUCGUCGACUACCUCUUCGGUUGGCGAUAUGCCACGAGCGCGUCUCAGGAAGGACACCGGAAAUAGCUCACGAGAGAGUAGAGACUCGCGCGACAGUAGAGACGGUAGGGAUAAUAGAGACACUAGAGAAACUAGAGACGGUAGGGAAUCUAGACAUAGCAAAGGUAAAGAUGGCUCGAGGAGAUCGCGUAAGGAUCCGGAAGGGGAAGUGGAGAAGAGCCGUAAGGUUGAACGCGAGGAUAAGGACGAUCGGUUGAAUCCUGGCGGUGGUACCGAGUCUUCGGAGCCCGAAGCGCAUCCUCGUGACUUCAAGGACGCGACGAAUAAGGAGACCAAGUAUGAGAGGAAAGAACGGGAGGAGAGAGAACGGCGAGAAAAGGACGAGAGAGAGCGGCAAGAGCGGAGGGACAGGGAGGAGAGAGAACGGCAGGAACGUAAGGAACGAGAGGAACGCGAGAGAAGAGAGAAGGAUGAGGAGAGGAGAGAACGCGAGAGACUUGAGAAAGAGAGGUUUGAAAAGCGAGAGAGAGAAGAGAAGGAGAAGAAAGAGCGUGAAGCGCGAGAGAGGGAGGAGCGCGAAAGGAAGGAAAGAGAAGAGAAUGAAUUGAGAGAGAGAGAACGUAAGGAAAGGGACGAACGAGAAAGACGCGAGAGGGAGGAGCGAGAGAGGAGAGACAAGGAGCGUCUCGAAAGGGAAAGAAAGGAACGCGAAGAGAAGGAACGUCAAGAGAGGCGCGAGAGAGAAGAGCGCGAAAGGCGGGAGAGGGAGGAGCGCGAACGAAAGGAGAGGGAUCGACUGGAACGCGAGAAACAAGAAAAGGAACGUCUCAGGAAAGAAAAGGAGGAACAGGAAAGGCGAGAGAGAGAGGAACGAGAUAGAAUCGAGAGAGACAGACGACGUGAAAAGGAGGAGAAGGAACGCGUGGAAAGAGAAAGAAAGCGCGAGAGAGAAGAGAAAGAGAGGCUGGAGAGAGAACGACGAAAAGAGAAGGAUGAGCGGGAGAGGUUGGAGAAGGAAAAGCGCGAGAAGGAGGAGAAGGAGAAAAUGGAAAAGGAAAAGCACGAAAGAGAAAAGAGACGGGAACGCGAGGAGCGUGAAAAACGCGAACGGGAGGAACAAGAAAGAAGAGAAAAGGAAAGAACCAUCGAGAGGGAGAAGAGAAGAGAUCGCGAAGAGAAGGAUAAAACGAGAGAGCGCGAUGAUUCUCGAAGACCAACGGAAAAUCAUCACGUAACCAACAUGCAAAAUCAAACCUCUCCGGCACCUCUCUCGAUAAAACGUAGAGCUUCUUCCCAGGAUGCGCCGCCAGAUGACGCUGAUGUUAAACGCAUGAAGAUAUCGGAUCACAGAAGAGACAGUAAGGAUAGACCAAGACAAAAUAGAAGAUCCGAAGACAGGAAACACCGUAACGAGCAUCGUGCCAGUCGUGAGAGUCGCGAGGGUCGCGACAGCAAGGAAACUAUUCAAGACAGUCGCGACAGCCAAUCGCGUGAGAACCCCUCGCACUGCGACAUCUCGCGUGAGCAAAGUCGCGAGAGUCGAGAAAGCCGUGAGAGUCGGGACAGCAGAGAUCCAAAGGACAAGCAACGCAGUAGCAAGAAAAAUCGUCCGGAAAGAAGUGAGAAGGAAGCUAGAGAUCGCAGUCCAAGAGUCUCGCACGAGUCCGAUAAAGAGUUUCUUGCUAGGCUUGAACUCUCGAAGAGGAACGAUGAUCAGAACAGCAUCAGCCAUCAUUCUAGGGACAAUCAGUCCUCUCUAGGGCUCCAUAGUGACGUGGACGACGGUGUAUUGUCCAAUCACGAAAUGCAAAUUAUGAGGCAUCCAUCAGCUACGGAUACCGACAGUGAUGAACCCAAGAAACAUUCUAUAUUUGACAUCGUCGACGACGAGCCGGCCUACAUCAGUAUGUACGACAAGGUCAAGGCGAGAUCCACUAAGAAUAUGCAGAAACUGGAGGAAGAGAAGCGACAGGUACGUCUUCCCAAGGAUAAGUUCUCUCAACUUAAACAGAGUAGAGCUAGACGCGAAGAGAAGAAGCAGAGUACAUCCUGGGAUGGCGAUUCUGUAAGUAGUAAAGCCCUUACUGAGGAUGAGGCUACGUCUGAGUCGGAUUCGGCACGCGCGAAGUCCCUGUCCAGGAAGGGUUCCCGCUCGAGAAUUCAUUCGGACACCAGCGAAGAGGAGGAAUCGUUUAAUAGCAAGAUGCAUAAAGUGAAAAAUGAGCGAUUCCUGGAGAGCGACGUCGAUCUGGGUUUUGCUGAUACCGAGGAGAAGCAGAAUCCUUUGAAGUCAUCCAUGAACAGUAUACCCGGCAGUAAAGAGGAACCGAGAACCUCUGACGAUGAUGAAAGGAUACCCGUUGCAUUCCACAUUAACCAUCCUGUGAACAAUCACGAGCGAGACUCGCGCAAGAAGUCGCAUAAGAAGAAGCAGAAGCGACAAAAGAAUUCGAUAUCGAGCGAGGAAGGCGUGAAGCUGGAAGCUUCUGACAGUACCGAGCAUAAAAACAAGUCUAGUGUCAUUACUGGCUCUAUGGAAGGAUCCAAUUCUACCGAGCAGAACGUAGAGAGCGCUGAGGAGAGGAUGAGAGCUGACAAGAAACAGAGAAACAAGAAAGAAAAACGACGAGAGCGUAAUGGAGAGGAUAAGGUCAAGGCUAGAAGGAAGAGGCUCAACAGACAGGAAGGAAGAGACUCUCAAAGAAUGGAGGAUAUCUUUGGGCCCUUGUCUGACGUCGAUGAUCCACCACAUACCUUCUUCAAUAGACUUGGUAGUCUUCCUGCUGAUAAUACAUAUGCGUCUGACAGUGAGGGGGCUAGGAGUCCUGUCCUGGAAGUUGAGAGAGUGCGCAGAAAGACAGAGAAGAAACGAAGGCAUCAGGCUGAGGACGAGAACAGUGUCGAUCUGGCUGAAGCUGGUAGAGAAAUUGAAGCUAAACUCUUUGGGCUUUCUACCUCGCCUAAAGCGACUCCAGGUGAAGGACAUGAUCAUGACGUAUUCCGGUUUACAGAUGAUAAUGACAGUAUUGAACCAUCCACGCCGACUACGGCACCGGAAAAAGUUAAGGAGAAGAAGAAGAAGAGAAAGAAGUCAAAGGAGGAACGUUCCAGGAAAGACUAUCAUCAUCAUCACCACCAUGAGAAGUCAGGGAACCUACCUUAUCUGGGUGCUGAUUCUAGUCCACCUAGAGCUAGCAGUCCUAUAGUUCCAAAGAUGAUGUCCCCAACGUUGCCAAGUCCUAGGGAAGCUCUUCUAAGCCCUAUACCUAAAAUAGCUUCGAGUAUGUCAACGAUAGCACCAAUCACUCCAGUAAGUGGUGUCGGAAACAAACCAGAGAAGAAGAAGGACAAGUUUAUCCCAGGCUUUGGAACGGAUAUUGAUGAGACCAUCCACGAGAAUGCAGUAAAGAGUAUAUCCGAACCUGAAGAACGCGAGAAUGGUAGACAGUCGCGCAGCAGAGAUGAACCGGAAGUAGCAGCUCCAUCCACACCGCCACCUCAAGUGGAGGACAAGCCUCGUGUAGUGAUCUCCCAGGAGGAAACGGAGGAUGCUGUAGCGGCUCUGUUGGAAGAAACGUUUGGUGGUUCGACCGAAGACUUUUCUUAUGAGGGUGAAGAGGAAGCUGAGGGUGAUAGUGCCAGCGGACCCCAGGCGGAUGCGCCUCAGGAAGAUGUUGAAGAAAUGCAGCAAGCUGUGGAAAGUCUCAACGCUUCCGGUGAGGCGGAAACCGAUCUUAAGCCUGAUACACCGCAGAGCGAACAUGAUCUCCAGAUAGACACAGAUACGGAAGAAGAUCCUAAUUAUGAGUCAUUUGAUUUGACUCAACCACCCAAGACUCCAGAUAUACCAUCCUUCUACAAGUCGCCAGCUAAAACUCCAACAGAGAAGCCAGCAGAGACCAAAGUACCGAUCAGUCCUGCGAAACCUGCGAGCCCACCAAGUUCAGUCAUAGCUCAUUCGUGGAGUCUGGGUGAUCACAAACUACGUGAUGCCAAAGAUGAUCCUGAACCUACACAGGAGGUCAAACCAGUUCAUCGACCAUCUACACCACCCCCUCAGUAUAAACCAUCCUUGCUAAGUCCUUGCAGUGUACCAAUGCUGAACGAGACACCAAAGAUACCAGCAGCAAGUCCCCGUCCACCACCAGUCACUCAGCCGCUAUAUCAGAGAUUACCAGUGUCUCCACAAACUCAGAUGGUUCCUUUGAGACAAGCAUCACCAAGAAUGCAGAAUACUACGUCUGCAUCCGUUUUGACACAGCUACCACCCUUGGUGCCAUCAAGGAUACCACCAUUGAUACCGGCUCAAUUAUCACCAAGAGUUCCACAGCCUCUCUCGCCCAAUGGGCAGUGGUCUAGGAGUUCCGCUUUGAGUCCGCAUGUUCCUAACGCGAGCAAACCUUCGCCGUCACCUGCAAGACUCCCAGUCAGCGUACCUAUUUCGGCACACAGACCGGAUACGCCUGCACAGCAGAUCUACUCAACUCCAGCUACUCAGCAACCUGUCAUACAGCAUGCACCAGGAAUGCGAGCUCUGCAACCCAGCUAUCCCCGAGGAGGACUUCCGCCACUUACAUUGAAUAUUCCACCACGACCGUACAUGCCUGUACCACCACUGGCUCCAGGAUCGGUAAAGACUUCACGAGAUGCUACGUCUAUUGGAAAAUCUGUAAUUGAGACUCUAAUCCCUGUCAAUGCCAACGAGCCUCAGCGCCUGGAAGAGCCAAAAUUGUCACCAGCUGUUAUUCCUGAACCUUCUAAUAAGGCAUCGACGUCUCCCAAGGUGCCAUCUCCAAAUCAGCCACCGACGUACAUACCCGAAACUGCUAAGAUUGAGAUAAAUGCCAGUACCUCUAGUCCUGUUUUUGGCAAACCCAUCGGUCCAGAAACAUGCAUGUUGUCACCUAGGCAGCAGAAGCUAUCUGUCCUUACUGAUAACGAACUAUUGUCACCAAGACAAAAGCAAGAACUGUCGAAUUUGCAAUUGCUGACAACUCAUAUACCCAGGACUUCAGUUGCCAAUCCAGUAAUAAUGACAGUGUCGCGUGGACCACAGCCUCUCGUCCAUAGCUCUCUGCCUACUCUUAGUCCACCAUCUUCUUCGCCUCAACCACUUGUCAAAACAGUUGUACCAAUUGUUCCUCCAGUACCACCUAUUACACAAUGUAGCUUGGUAAUUCCACAAACUGCCGGGCGAAUGUCGCCAGUUCCUACCCAGAGGCAGUCUCCAGUUUCUCAAGGAAUCUUACUGGCCAAGCCUCACGUACCUCUUGUCUCAACUGUGUCGCAGUCUAUUAUAACGCACGCAGUGCCAGUUACUGUGUCAGCCUCAAUGCCUACCGUUGAACAAACUCCACAAAAAAUAGAAAGUCAUUUUGAACACAAUCUGCAACAUCUGGAACUCGAACCUCCGACUGUACAAGUUGGUCACAAUGUACCAACACCGCAACCAAUGCAAUUAACACCGCCAGUACAACCGACACAACCUAUAGAAGUUAAACAGACUGAACCUUUGGAACCUCUAAAACCUAUUAAAGUAGAAAAUAUUAAAGUGGAACAACCAAGUAGCGAAGUUGAAGUGAAACCGAAGAUCGAGAAACAAGAGUCUCCUGUACCAACUGAAUCACAACCAACUGAAAAACCAGUACCAGUAUCAACACCAACACCAGUUCUAGUGAAGCCUGUCGAACUCUUGAUCCCUAAAACAGAACCAGACUUAUCGGAAAUACCAGAACCCACUGUUGAGGUGAAACAGGAAGAGCCUCUUAAAGAGCCAAAAGUUGAGACGUACAAGAGCGAGGAACUAGAUCCAGAAGAAGAACCUGUGGAUCAUCUGAAGGAGCCUAGUACAGACCCUCUGGCUAUAGAUCCUGUCAAAGAAGACCCUACAGACAGUAAGGAGGACAGUGACUACUGGUCUGCCAAGGAAGUGAACAUAGAAAGCGUUAUCAAGAAGGUGGAUGCCUUAUGCGAUGGUGAAGGUAACGAGGGCGAGGAAGAAACGCAACACAGCCAGGAACUGAACAAUGACUCUCAUGAGAUAAGUAAGAACGAGAGUGACUGGUUUGAUGAAUCAGCUGAAGGAGAAGGGAAGAAAGAUGUUCAAAAUGAUGACCAGGAUGAGGGUGUGGAAACCUGUGAGACAGAAUCCACCAGGGCCCGCCGUGGAAGAUCUAAAGCUAGACGUGGUGCAGGUAGUCGAGGAGGUGUUACUACCAGGCGUGGUGGUAGAAAUGCAACCAAUGUUCCCCAUCGGCGUGGCGGCAGAACAGGAAGAGGAAGUAAACAUCACGUGGAGAAGAAACUUCCCGCGGAUGUCUAUGAGUUCCAUGAUGAUAGCGAAGAGGACAACGCUGGGAGACCCAGAUUAAUUCUCACCAUCAAAUCUCCAGGUCCUAACGUUGCUGGCUCAAAUGCUCAGCCAGCUACUCCAGUAGCAGCUGUUAAGGAGGUCCCACCAGAAGAAUUUAUAUCUCCCGCUGCCAAUACCAGAAAAUCCAGAAGACUAGCUGAAAGAGACGGCAGUCGUAACACAGUCGAUGAUGUUAUCGAGGAUGUAGUUCGUGGUUCAGCCGUAAACAAAACUGGUGCUGCUGGUGUACAUGCUACCAGACGUAGUACAAGACACAACAGUGCGCCAAGAGUUAAUCAGCAAGUUCCUCAGCAACCAGUAACAUCUGAACUACGUAAGUCACCUAGAGCAAAUCGCAAGGCUACAAGACGUACAUCCGAGACCAAUGACGACAGCAGCGAGGAAAAGACUAAGGAACCAGUACAAUCAGUGCUCCAAGAGACAUCGAAUAAGCAGCAUUCUCCUGUUUCUGAAGGAAACUUAAUAAAACAAACAGAAGAACCCAACAAGAUACCAUCACCAGCACAGAAAACAACAUCCUUGGAACCUAUGACUCUGAUAGACCCAGUCACGGGUAUGCUUAUUCCAAUGAGAGAAUCAGAAGAAGGUCAAUACAUUCCAGUAUCCAAUUCUGGCCAGACGAUCAGACCCACAACAGAACUUCAACAACCACCAACAAUUAUCGGCCAUCCACCUUCUGAAGCUCAAGAAGUUAAACCAGCGCCUCAGGCUGUUCCUGUCGUUGAGGAAUGUAAACCUAAACCUAAACCUGAACCAGUGAUUGCACCUGCCGUUAGCAUGGAACAACCUGUAUGCCAGUCAGUUACACCUGCAGUGACUCAGGCUCCUCAGGCGCAGCCGCCGGUACAGCCUCCGGUUCAGCCUCCGGUUCAGCCUUCGAUUCCGCCUCUGGUUCAACCGCAGACCAGUGUCAUCACCAAACCUCAUUCACCAGUGGUGCAAAUUACUGCGACUGUGGUUCAGUCUGUAACAACUGUUUCAAGUGUGGUUACCACGCAGGCUAUUACUACACCUUCUUGUGUUUCUCAGGCGAAGCCGACGAGUCUGAAGGCUCAUGUUCUGAAUGCAAGUAAACUUGGGAAUCCUAUAAAGCAACAGAUUAUCACAAAACCUGCCGUUUCUAGCCUGCCCAGUCAGACUAUCGUACAGAAUAUCGUGAAACAACCAGCACAGGCUAUCCAAGCUCUGCACCUAAAGAUACCUGGUGGAAGAGUCGUGUCACCAAGUCUUAGUCCCCGACUAAAACAACAAGUUCCAGAGAUCGUAGUGAAACAGGGUCAGCCUAUGUCGCCAGUGCUGAACAACGUGGUGCCACCUAAUCCUAAGCAACAUCUUCUCCAAGCCGCUAAACAACAUCCUCCUACCAUUGUGAAUCUACCACAGAAGUUGCCUAUUAAUAUUCAUCCAAGCAGUAUUGCCACUGCACCGGCUCAGAGAAUUCAUCAACCUCCACCGUCUCAGCCUGCUGCCCUGAAAGCAAUCAAUGGACAACCUCAUCCGCUCAAUCCUAAGGCGCAUCUUCUUCAGGCUGUUGUACCACCAAUUGUUACGGGAGCUGUAGCUAGUCCACCGACUCAGCCUCAUCUAAUUGGUCCACAGCCAGUUGUUACUGGUGCCAGCUGUUCAAGAUCAGCUGUACCAAAACCUCAGGUUACCGGUACAAUGGAACCUCCGAAGGUAGAAGUUUCCAUGUCAGGAUGCAUAAUGGUGCCUACUGCGAGUCCUCAGAGUCGCGCAGUAUCCAUAGCAGCAUAUGAAGCUUCACUGCAUGGUGCGGGUGCAGCUCCAUCACCAGGAGGUCAAUAUGGACUGGUACCUCCUCAUCGUUCCCAGAGUCCUCCUCUGCCCCCACCUGCCCAUCUUCAUGCUAAUGCUCCUCAGAGCGACGUGGUUAAUCAUUAUGGCGGGUUGGCACGUGGUGAACUACCACCUCACUAUAUGCAUCCUCAGAUGAUUCAGCAGUAUCAAUACCUACGUGCUCAACAGGAAGCACUCACUGCGCCGCCGAGAAUAGCAUAUCAUGUGCCUGGAACUAGAUCUCCGCAUCUACCUUUGGAUCCCAAGUUGGAGGCUGGUGGCGAUGAAAGUCAUAGUCCACCGCUGGAAUUGAGACGCACCACUAGAACACCUCAGGAUCGCACUACGGACAGUCCACAAGUAGCCCAAGUUUACAUGCUUCAUGGGAAUGCACGUUUACCUCCUCAGUACACCGGGAACAACGUGGCUCUUACUGGAGUUGCCGUGGGAGCUCGAGGUGGAUACUAUGAACCACCACCAGCUCAUAUCAGAUCUCAGUAUCCAAUGGCAGCUAGUGAAGCACCUACAGACAGAGCUAUCACACCUGACAGACCCAGAAAGCACCAGGUCGCCACUCCACCUCACGCGGCCCAGGUUCCACCACAGGCAGAUUCCCUGCUGAUGCUUCUGCAACGCUAUCCCGUCAUGUGGCAAGGUCUUCUGGCACUUAAGAACGACCAGGCUGCUGUACAGAUGCACUUUGUCUUUGGUAAUCCCAACGUAGCCAGGGACAGUCUACCUUGCAAUAGCGACGGAUCCACUCCACCGCUUAGAAUAGCCCAGAGGAUGAGAUUGGAGCAGACCCAAGUCGAAGGAGUUGCCAGGAAGAUGCAGACCGAUAACGAACAUUGCAUGCUACUGGCUCUUCCCUGUGGACGAGAUCACAUGGACGUACUCCAGCAAAGUAAAAAUCUCCAGACCGGAUUCAUAACCUAUCUGCAGCAGAAGCAAGCGGCAGGAAUCGUGAACAUCGCAGCACCAGGUUCUCAACAGGUGAGCCUUCAAAACAGCCUGCCUACGUGGUGCACAUAUUCCCUUCGUGUGACUUUGCAAACGAGAGUCUCGCCCGGAUCGCACCAGACCUUCUGCAUCGGGUCGCCGAGAUCGCCCACCUGCUCAUCGUAAUCGCCACCGUCUGAGACCAGUUGGUCCUUUGGAUUUCGCUCUGCUACAAUCACCACGUUAACGAGAACGACCGAGUGUCUUUCCCGUCCUGGCAGCUGGAUGCUUUUUACGCGGCAUGAAGCCCAGAGUAUCCUGUGUCACGGAGAAAUAACCAGAAACGUUAAACCAGAUGAAAUACAGACAAACCUAUGGGGAGGAGUCAACGAAUCGUCCUCGAUGACAACAGUCAGGAAUACCCUCUCGUUGUCCACCCUUGUUUGACAAUCAAAUUGAGAACCAUUAAGUUACCGCGUGCACUGGAUCUACGUCAGACUGUAGGCCUAAAUGGAGCGAUGGGGUUUCUGUACGGAAGAGGUUAGCAUAACGAGUAUAUCCAUAUGCGUACCUCUUCCGUUAAAACAUUUGGCAUUAAUAUAAACUCCACUUGUAGUUGCUAUUAAGCCAAAUCCACUGACACAGUUUGUGGGGGGCGACCGACUUCACUCUUGGUCUCUCCGACAAGUGAGUCAGGAAUGUACCCCAUUGCUCCACGAAGCCAUCGACGAACAUUCAACUAAAGAGCAAAAAAUAAAAGAAAGUGAUUGAGAAAGGGGCACAAGAGAGGACACUAACAGGAUAACGACAGGCGCGUCCAGCACUCGUCUCCAUCCCGAGUAAAUGCGACAUCGGGAUUUUACAACUGAUAAAACUGAUUAGUAAGAACACCGUUAGACACUUACAUUAUUCAUUGACAUGACGCGAGGGAUAAACGUAAAGAAAUCGUAUAUGUGUAUAUAUAUGUAUAUAGAUAUACAUAUAUAAACAUAUAUAUAUAGAAAGUGAGAGAAAGAAAGAUACCAGAUUUACAAGCGAGAGAGAUUAAAGGAAAGAAAGCGAUAAAAAGUAUGGAAGUAAAUUCUACCUAUACGCGAAGCUACUUUGUAAGCCUAGACUUUAAUAUUGUAAAUUAAGUGAGCCAGCGAGGGCAUAACUACUGUGAUUUUAAUUAUUUAACGAUAUCUGCAUAAAAGGAAAAAAAACAACAUUAAGACCUGUUUCUGGUCCGCGCGAUAUGUGAUGUGUUUUUGUAUAAUAUUGCUCUAUAUAAAUACCUAUGUACUAUAUUACUUCUACUAUUAUCAUCAUCAUUAUUAUUAUUAUUAUUAAUAUUAUUAUAUCUGCUACUAUUACUACCGUAACGACAAGUUGAUAACGACGACGACGUCACCAUCGCCGCCGUCCUCGUCGUUGUUCACUGUCGAUAAAGUAAAAAUGGUAAAGGAAAGAAAAAAAAAAUAUAAAUUGUCGCCGUCGUCGCUGCCGCCGUUUAAAAAGCUGCCGCCACCGCCGCUGCUCCUGUCAAACUAGAAAGUAAAUUUAAUCUAGAAGUUCCCUAGACGAAGAAUUGAUGCUAAGGACUAUGCCUCCCCUACCCCGCUCCUCGAACAACCCCCGGAGUAAUGUAGCGAUUAUCCCUAGUGUAUCAUAAAAUUCCCCUAGCAGGAUGUAACAUAUUAUUAUGCCUAGCGUUAUGUACAUUAUAAAAGAUUUGUAAUAUUAAUUACUAUUCAUUUAUUAUUAUUAAUUAAUAUUAUUAUCCGCUAUUAAUUAUUAUUAAAAGUUAUUACACGGGCUAGCUAGAAUGUACCGACCUGCACGUUAACGGGGCUUAAAGAAUGUCAUACCGCUUUCGAGUAUGAUCGAUCUCAUUGACCAUUGACGCUGCCCCAUAACGAUUGACACUUCCAUCCUUGAUUCCUGACACUGACUUUUUCUGUAAAAUAUAUGCACGUUGAUGCAUUGACAGUUGAGACUGACGGAAUUGACACUGACAGACAGACAUACGUAUAUAUAUACUCUCUCUUACACCCAUCUACAGGACGCAGUCGUAACUUACACGGUACAAAGAAAUACGAUUAUAAUGCACUCAACACGGAGACACAUAACACGCUGAGAGAAAGAGUGAGUGAGUGAGUGAAUGAGUGUGAGAUAGAGAGGGAGAGAGAGAGAGAGAGACGCGUCGCGAGCCACGCGUCCCAACGACAGCCUCGAUAAGAGGACCGCGUUAAAAUAGACUCUUUUUAGAAUUGUGUCCAAGAUAAUAAUGCGCUUAAGUGUAUAGAGAAAGAGAAAAAAAAACAGAUGAAGUUACACUAUAUCACACAAAGCCCUGAAAAGAAUAAAAGUAAAACAUAAGUAAUUACCUAUUUACAAUAUUAUGCUGCUGCGCGUAGGGGCGCACGCCUCUAGAGAGUAAACGACGAGAGAUGGAAAAAAAAAUCGAAGGAAAACAGUCAUGUAGAAAUAACUAGGGAUGGGCGGAAUGUACUUUUGGGACUUGAUUUUUGUUAUCUUAUUUUUUUUCUUUUCUCUUUUUCUUUUACUUUCAAUUAGAAACGAGCCUGCGGCUUUGCGUUUGCGAUUGAAAUCUUAUCUUUGGCUUCUGUUUCUUUAUAUUUGCUCUUAUUCUUCUUUUUCGAAUUUCUCCUCUUCUCUUCGUCUCGGUGACAAAACUAAUACGGUGGAUCGUUCUGAGAAUGAAAAAAACAUGUACUCGACCGAUUGUCCUUCAACGCGGACUGAUGAAAUCUUCGAAGGCUCGACACGAUGACGAAGGGAGAUCAAUACCGAUUUCUUCAUGGGAUCAGGAACGACGAUAUCUUGCACGAGAAGACGAAAUACGAAGUAGAAAGAAAAGCGUUUUUCGUUUUGGUGAGGAGAGGAGAGAGUCGCUUUGCAGUUUCAUUGCUGAUACGCCUGACCUGUAAAAGAGAUCUAAUUCCGUUUUCAAUGGGCCACACAUGAAUCGAUUACGUAGGUAGGAAAGAUAUGAAAAGAUUAACAAAAAAAAAAUAAAGUAACGGUGACAAUUGGUACUAAUAAAAUAUUACCGUAUAAGGUACUACAUUUGGCAGCGAUUCAUGUAUCAAAAACGAGGCGUAUAUGUACGUAUUAUAUGCCUAUUCCGCCUUCUUGUUAUGGUUGUUGGUACAUGGAAUAAUAAGAGGAAUAAGAAGUGGACGGGGAGAACCGAUAAGAGUAAUAAUAAUAUUAAUGAUAAUCACGAUAACAACUCGCAAAGACUUCCGGCCAAUUUAGUAACAAAACCUUAUCUUGCUCCUAUGUGAAAAAUAAUGGUACGACUCUUUCUGUUCCAUCCCUAAGAAGGAUAGGUUGGAAUGAAAAAUGAUGGCAUAAAAUAAAAUGGGGAAAUAACUUAAAUAUAUAGUAAGAUAGCGCGGAUUACUUGUGGGAGCGUAUGCGUGUACAGUGUAAAAGAUGCGUUGUGCAUAUGUACAGUGUAGAGGUAUAAACAAGCAACAAAACAGAUAAAUGGAGAAAAAGA